AUGGGCUCCUCCAUCAUCACCAUCCAGCGCGACAUUAUUCUCAACAACAUCCGCCAUGCCGGAGGCCCCGAGUGGAAAGUCCUGGUGGUGGACGAGACCAGCCGGAAACUGAUCAAUGGCGCCGUCAAUGAGGAGGAAAUCCUCAAUUUCAACAUCUCCAACAUCGAACAGAUCGAGCACCGCCGCCCCUCCAACUCCGACAUGGACGCGCUUUAUAUACUGUCCCCGGAGAGCCACGUCGUGGAUUGCCUGAUGGCCGACUUCGAGGUGGGGCGAUACAGGAAGGCAUUUUUGGUUUGGACUUCAUUUCUCGAUCCACAACAGCGCACUCGCCUGGACCGAUCCCAGAUGGCCCGUGAUCGCAUUGCAGACAUCCGCAUCAUGAACGUCCAUUUCUACCCCAGAGAAUCGCGCGUCGUCGUAUCGCUUUGCGCAAGUCUGGGCGAAUAUCCUGUGAUUCGGUAUUAUCGGCCGCGAACCCCGACUCACGAAGCUGCUGUUCUAUGCUCUCAUCUGGCCAAAUUCAUUCAGAGUGAGCUUGAUCAAUUUGCACAACAUCAACGCGAUUUUCCGCCUCCGUCAUCGCGCCCUCGAGGAGUUCUCAUGGUCGUGGAUCGCUCGAUGGAUGUUUAUGCACCUCUUCUCCACGAAUUCACAUAUCAGGCCAUGGUACACGAUCUUCUGCCGAUCAAAGACGGCGAUAAGGUCACCUAUAAGACCGUUAUCAACGAGGGUAGCGCGAAUGAGGAAACAAAGGAGAUGGAGAUCGGCGAGAAUGACAAGGUCUGGGUGGACUACCGUCAUGUGCACAUGAAGGAUGUGGUUGAGAGACUGGGCGAGGAUUUCCAUAAAUUUCGACGGGCCCAUCCGCAGUUUGCUGAAGAUCAAAACUCAGCGAACGUGAACACGAUCAAGGACAUGUUGGCAGGACUGACCGAAUUUCAAGAAGGCAAGAAUGCAUACACGCUGCAUUUAAACAUGGCAGACGAAUGCAUGAAGCUGUUCCAAGAUCGUAAGCUUCUGGAAGUGAGCUCUAUCGAGCAGUCAUUCGCUACGGGUCUUGAUGAGAACUAUAAGAAGGCGAAGAAUUUAGCAGCGCAGCUUGUCCAAUUACUAGAUGAUGAGUCUGUCCUGCACCCAGACCGACUCCGGCUUCUGCUUCUGUACAUCAUGUAUCGCGGCGGGCUGCUGGGAGGGGAUAUUCGCAAACUGAUGGCGCAUGCGCAGCUCCCCGGGCACGACGGGGAUGUCAUCGCCAACCUGGACCUACUCGGUGUACGAGUGGAGAAACCUCUCCGAGAUGAGAAACCUCCGGUGCAUCCGCUUUUCAAUCGCCGUGCACCACCACCCGAUUCGGAAGAGCUCAGUUUGUCGCGGUACGAACUGGGUCUCAAGCAGCUGCUCGAAGAGCAGGUCCAGGGCACAUUGGACACUACUGUCUUCCCCUUCACCCGGCCGCACACCGAAGCCGACGGUGGGUUCGCCGCGCAAGAGAUGCUCUCGCAGCAGGCAUCCCUGCGCAGUGCCAAACCUACCUGGGCGCGCACUCGGACCGCUGAGCAGCCCCGCCAACGCAUCAUUGUCUUCAUGGCCGGCGGAGCUACUUAUUCCGAGUCUCGCGCCUGCUAUGAAAUCUCUCAGAACUACGGUCGCGACGUCUUCCUGGCCACAACACACAUGCUGACCCCAGGCUUGUUCAUGAGGCAGGUUAGCGACCUUAGCGUCGACAGGCGCCGGCUUGAUAUCCCCGCGGAUCGACCCAAGCCUGCGGCCCCGGCGCAUCUCUUCGAGCGCGAAAAGCCCUCGACCCCUACUCCCCCGCCACAGAAGAAGAAGCCAGUGCCUACAAAGCACCUCAACCCUCCCGCACCGCCGGAGGCAUUGAUGGCCAACAUGUCCCUCAAUGCAAAUGGGUCGGGCAGCACACCACCAUCGGGCGGCAAGCCAUACAAGAAAGAGAAGGAGAAGAAGGACAAGGAAAAGAAGUACCGAUUUUUCAAGUAA